AUGGAAUCCUUCGCGAAAAAACAGCUGAAAGACAGUAUUCCGCAGGCCUUUCGGCUGCACGGCAUCUUGGCCAACGAUACCAAUUAUGCCACCGACAGUGACGAUGAAAUCGAGUCCUGGGACGACACUGACAGCGAAGAUGACUCCAGUGACGUCGAUGAAGACAGUUCGGAUCAAGGUGACAGCCAGGCUGAUUCGAGUCAAGAUGACAUUGAAGAUGAACAAAAUCAAGAUCAAGCUCAAGACAACAAGGAGCAAGAUCAAGAGAACCCACCUUUGGCGUUUGAGGAACUCAGUGCCAAUAGUCAACUGACCAGACAGCUGAGAAGACAGCCAGACGGUGUUUGCCUCAACAGUGUCCUCCGCCCUGGGCUAUGGGUGGUUGAUCCUAAUCUUGACAUGAAAAAUUACCCUGGAGGGUUCCUUCGCCAUUUGGCCAACGUCUGCUUCCAGGCAAACCUUCGGGAAUGCGCGCAUGAGCGGUGUAUUGAUGUCAAAACGUCAAUGGACCAGCUCGCCCCGUCUUGCAGCUGGGAACCCUUUCGUCGAUGGGCACUCACUGCUAUGUCUUGUCAAACUUCAAUGGACGAUGAGAGAAAGCUUACCAGAGCCCAUACACAUAUCGCCCGUGCUGUCUCUGGCUGCUUCAAGGUCAUCAAAUUUCAUCUCAAGAAGAACUCUCUGUAUGAAUCUGACGACUUUGAAAAAGUAGACUUGGCCGAGGUUGUGAAUCUCAUGUACUGGAUGACGCGAAUCCAGGCUGAUCUGGGAACCCCACCCGCAAAGAUUUCUGACUGGGACCAUCAUUUUGUACCCUUCAAGUACACCAUCAAGUCUGUACAGAGGGCAGCUCGAGAGGUUGACAAUCUGCGUAUCUGCAAAAACCGUCUGUGGAACCUUGUCAAUGUCAGUGACCGCAAGCAUGGCGAUCUUCCAGAUAUUGUCAUGUCUCUCUCCGACUGUGGUGAGCCACUCGCCCAUCAGAAACACGAUAUUUGUACACCAAGCAAGUGUCAAGAUGCGCAGAUGGACAGCACCAAGGUCGAACAACUCCAUAAAUGCGAGGGAAAGGACUGCGAACAAAAGACUUUCCCUGUCGAGUUACUUGCCACCAACAUUGAAGUCGGCAAAAGCACCGCUUGGGUUUGCAACACGUCGAAAGCAUCGCCCCAGCUCAAUUUCAAUAACAAAGACUACAUUGCCAUCUCUCAUGUCUGGUCCGACGGCACAGGUGUUGGUGUUAAGAAUGCUGGAACGGUCAACAAGUGUCUUUAUGACUUUUUUGAACAGACUGCUAUCCGGUUGGACUGCGGAGCGCUUUGGUGGGAUGCUAUCUCAAUCCCCCAGGAAUUGAAAGCGCGCAUGAAAGCAAUGAAAGACAUGCACAGCAACUAUACCAAUGCCAAGUAUACCGUUGUGCACGACAGCUAUCUUCUGAACUUCCCUUGGAGUGAUGACGGCAGCCCCUGUCUCGCUCUCGUGCUCUCGACAUGGUUCACUCGCGGCUGGACAGCUCUAGAGUUAGCCAUGGCGCAGAAGGUCAAGGUCUUGUUCAAAGAUCCGGACCCCACAAAGACAGAGCCCAUCAUCAAGGAUCUUGACGAUGACGUCCUGGCGAAGAGCCCACAAUCAUCUACCAGGGCGCAUUGGCUUGCUACGUGUCUUGUUCAGAGGAUCAGAAAACCAGUAGAACAUAUUGGCGAUCUGGUUGCAAUUCUUGGCCCUCGUUGCACGUCGUGGGCCCGCGAUAGAACUAUCAUCGCUAGUCUUCUCGCUGGUGUCCCUGACGUUGACCUUACAAUAGGUGAGAGCGUCAUUACCAGAUCAACUCUGGAGUAUCUUGGCAAGAUACCCUACUUUUGUCUACUUCAUGGAAAACCUACAAUGUACGACAAGGAGGGCUACUCAUGGAGUCCAGCGACACUUGAUGACAUGCCCAUCGAAGUUGUCGGAGGGACGCAAAAGGUUGAUGAUGACAUGGCGGAUACAAUGCUUGAGAUCGACGACAAUGGAUCACUCUGGGGUAUCUGCGCAUGUCGCGUAAUUGAUGAACAAGAGGUCAUCGAUGGUAAAAUCAAGCCAUACGGAGACAGCCUUGCAGCGACCAUCAAGGUGAACCUGGCUUUGGCAGAUCCGAGCAGCUGCCUCCUAGUCCGACCCUCAGCCAACAACAAGGACCCCAGGUGUAUUCUCGUCGUACCGAUCGGUAUUCUUCAGGAUGGACCAACUAUCAAGUGUCGCUACAUUGGUACUGUCCUGGAAGACGAGAUCGUGGGCUAUGGCCCGAAGACGAAUAUCCUGAUAGGAGGCCACGAGUCGGAGAAGACACAACCACUUGAUGCUGAUAAGGUUUUGAAUGAAUGGCUGUGGGAUGAUGCAAUCACCUUUGACCGAAACGGUGAAAUGGAGUUAAGAUGUAUUCAAGAGGAAGAAGACGAAGAAGAAGACCACGGCUUGGAACAAAAUCCUCUUGCGUCAGAAACUCCUAUGCAGAACGACAGUUGGACAGAACAGCAAGUCACAGAACUUGCGGACGAACUGGAACAUCUAGACCUUGGAAUGAUGGACGACCCUGCGGAUAUGACUCCAGAAAGUCUCCGUAUCGCUUUGAAAUGCAAGAACAGGAGUGCCACACGGUUUCUUGUCAAUCGCGAUGUCACUGUUGAUCUUGAGGAUUUCGUCAGUUGGAUGAAUUCUACCGACGAUGAUCCUCCCAUGAACAUCGCCCGCUCCCUUGGUCUCCUUGGCGACGUGUAUAUGGAGCAUGGCCAAAUUGGCAACGCUAUAGAUGCGUACGAGACUGCAUUGCAACAGCGAGAACGCAUGUCAGGAGAAUAUGACAAAAGCACAACACUUGUGAAAGUGAACCUUUCACUGGGACGAGCCUGGUUGGUUCUUCGACAACUCGUCGGGGAUGCAAGCGAUGAAGCGAAUAUGGAGUCCACCAAUGAUGAAGGAUCAGAGGAUGAUGACGGGUCAGAGGAUGAGGAAGGGUCAGAGGAUGAUUCGGAGUCCGAGUUCCAGCUCGAUGAUGGUACGAAAUCUCGGUUUAAACUAGGCACCGUCAAUCGGGCCAAAGAACUGUUUCAAUCCAUUGUCGAUCAAGGAAAGAAGAGGGGCAACUUUCGAACAGUUGAUAUACAAAAGCCAGGAGAUGAAGGUGGCGGUGCGAACACAGUCAAGUCCAAGGCCAACGAUGGCAAGGAGGAGACUCGUCGAGAUGAGCGUAGGGGGAUCAAGUUCCUUCGCCUCGAGCUCGAUGCAGUAGCUGAGCUGAUACGUUUGGCGGUAGGGGAAUUCCGUUUCGAUGACGCUUCGGAAAUCUGCACCGAGUCAGUUCGACACUUUGGCAACAUUGCCAACAUAGAGCUCUGUGAGGGAUUCAAACCACGCUGGAUUGAACGCAACACAAAGGAAGCAACGGCCAAGGAAAGUCGCGAUAAGGAAGCUGCAUCAAUCUACCAUCGCGUCCUAAAGAGGCUGAGCACACUGUUCAAGAAGCAUCACUUGCUUAUUGUUAUCACAAAGUUACACCUGGGUGUCAACUGUAUCUUUCGUUCCGAGCUUCGAGAUGCCGUCACCCAUCUAUCGGAUGCAAUCCGCGACCUUACUUGCCAUUCUAAUAAGGACACUCAGGAACGCGGAAGCUCCAACAUCCAGUUCACCGUUAGACCGGAUCAUCCCUUGAUUGCCCUGGCGAGGUAUUAUCUCGGUCACGCUUAUCUUGAACAAGAGAGGCUUCCUAAGGCCCUGAAUGAACUUACUCAGGCUUUGGGCAUUUUACCCAGCAAAGGACAUGACUCCAUGGUACUUCGCAGCGUCAUCAGGAUUGAUCUCGCGAAUUACUACCUCAAAGGCGAAGGCCUUAAUCCAAUGAUGGCACUGAAUACACUGAACCCCAUUUUCGAUGAGUUUCAAUCAAUGGUACAGUCGCAAGCGCCUGGCGGAGAACAUACACAAGUCUUAGCAUCGAACAAUGAGCUAUAUGCACGGCUGGAGAUUGAGGCACGUUUCAUCCAAGCCAAGGCUGUCUACUACUCGGCAGGCCCCGGGAAUUUCAACCAGAACAAUUUUGACCUAGCUCUGAAGAUCUCCAUGGACGCCUUGGCGGGUACGCGAAAGCUGCCAAAGUACAAGCCUGAAAGUGACUUGGAAGAGGAGAGAUGCCUAUCUUUUCUUUCCAAGAUACAUGAGGAUUUCGGAAGCAAUGUCGAAGCUCUAAAAUAUCGACAAAGCUCCCUCAAGAUUCUCGAGACCGUUGAAGGGGAGCACAGCCUCUCAUGGCUGAAGGGCGCGAUAUCUUUGGCUCGCAUUUAUGAUAAACUCAACGUGCUCUACGAAGAAUCGGAGAUUUUACUCAAAAAGGCCAUCGAAGGGCUUGAGAAGGAUUUGGGAGAAUAUUCUACCAAGACUCUACAGACGUGUCAGCAGCUGGGACAGUUUUACUUGGACCACAACCAUACUCACCAAGCCGAGAAGUACUGCACCAGGGCUUUUGAAGGUUUUGAAAAGGCGCGCGGGGCCACAUCCAAAUACACUUUGAACGCAGCUCUUGUUCUUGGAAAGAUCUUGUCGCGAAACUUCAAGUACACCAAGGCAACUGAGGUGUUGCUGAAGGCGCAUACCGCUUACAAUAAGGAGGCAAUGAACUCACCGAACAAUGUCCACAAAAAGUAUAUCGUAGCGACUAGAGAGCUUGCGGAAUGCUUCGCUGCACUUGGCGGACCGGGUAACGAGAGAACAGCAAUCCAGUACAACAACAUGAUAUUGAAGUAUCUUGAAGAUCGCUGCCAGACAGAAACCAAGGACUACUGUGCUGUGCUUCUCCAGCAAGGAAACUUGCUCAAACAGCUGAGGGAGUUUGAUGCCACAGAGUAUAAGAUCAGGCUGGCAAUUGGCUUCUUCGAGAAGCACUCACAGCCUGGAUCUACCUACAGUCAGGAGAUAGAGGCUUUGAAGUAUGAAGGUUACUUUAGGCUUGGAGAGUUGAUUUUGGACAUGCAACGUCUGGAUAUACCUCGCAAAGGCUUCGAAGACGACAAGAAGGAUCCCGAAGACUUGAUUGUUGAAGCCCAUGAGGGCCUGAAGCGAAUUCUUGGCGAUGAAGAUCUACUCACUAUAGAAGUAUCGGUUCUCCGAGGAGAACUGUGCCUUGAUCAUGAUGAUGAGGAGGAUCCUGAGAGAGACCGCUAUCUUUACGAGUCUCUAGAGAGCUGCAGGCGAGUCUUGCCGCACGGCACACCAAUGACGAUUAGGAUCAUGGAUCGCUUGAUCAACUAUUGGGUCGACAAUAAGUGCUCCCAAGACAAAAUCGACACAGUCAGGAGAUGGAAACUGGAAGAUCUUCGAACAGGAUAUGGGCAAGACACUGCAGUGGCAAUCAUGAAGAUGACUGAUCUCAAGCGCGAAAACCUCUUUUCUUUGGAAACCAUUGCUCCAGAACAUCAUUAUGAAGACCAUGUCUUUCACGAUGACGAAGAAUCGGUCGAAGACGAUGAUUUGCCUGUUUGGGAUCAUAGGACAAUGCAGAAUGACUACGCUAUACAGAAUCAACCACAACAGUCGCUGGGCUUGCAGAUAGGUGAGCAGCUGGGCGGUAUAGUGCAUGCCGGAGUUACGCUGCCAUUUGAUGUUGUGCAAGGAUUUGUCAAUGCAUCUUUGACGGGUGUUGUGGGUGGAGUACAGCAGGCUAGACCUUACCAAGCACCCACGUUUAAUCCGCAACCAUCAUACGGAUCAGAGACCUCUGUACCUCAAAUGGUAGAUCAGAGACAGAUGUCCCCUCAGCCCUUUACCCAACAGUCAUACGCACCACAAACUCCUGUACCUCAAAUGGUAUAUCAGAGAGAGGCGACCCCUCAGCCCUUGAUCCAACCAUUGUUUGACACUGGAGCCUCACUCUUGCAGUUUCCCCUGGUAGCGACGCAGAGUUUUCUCAACGGAUUCCAGGAGGGCUUGAAUGGUCAAAGUCAAGGGAAUCCUGGCUGCCAAUACCCCACGGGACAGACAUACAAUCAACAAGGGUUUAGUGGUCAAAUUCAAGGAAAUCCUGGGUACCAAAACACCAUGGAGCAGGCAUAUCAGGAGGAGAACCAGCCUGCAGCAAAUCAAAUGACGUAUAAUGUACAGCAAGGAUACGGGAAUCAAAACACAAACCAGAAUAAUAAUGGUGGAUGGUUUGGUUUUGGUGGGUUUGGUGGUUAA